GUGAAGAUGAUAAUCUAAAAUGUCUCAAUUGAUUCCAAUUAUAGAGGUGAAAUGCUUAUGUAAACCCCUAUGCCCAUUGCAACCGCCCCGGAUACUAGGUAUCGGGUCCGGACCCACCUAUCGGAGACUGUGCAAGAAGCUUCUCGAUAACGAUAAACCCCGCAAUUUCCAAUCUCCAAUGGCGGGGCAGACAUCCCACCUUUACAAAACACUGAAGGCUACCUACAGCUCCUUGCAUCUUCUCAACUGCUUAACCAAAGACCUAUUCAUUCACGAUUAGGACGUUCAAGAUGCCCGUCGACUAUAGCAAGUGGGAUGCUCUGGAGCUUAGCGACGACUCCGACAUCGAGGUUCAUCCCAAUGUCGAUAAGCGCUCCUUCAUUCGCGCGAAGCAGAACCAGAUCCACCUAGAGCGACAACAACGCAAGCUUCAGAUCGAGACAUACAAAUACGAACGUCAAAUCAACGAUGGCUUGAUAAAAAGAAUAUCCGGUCUCCUGAAUGCCCUCAAAGCUCACGCUGCCGAGGCUGAGACCCGAAACCCUGGUGAAGUUGCCUUCCAAGCUGUCAUGGAGUCUGUGGGGAAUCCACAAGAUGACAUGCCUCCUCCCCGACCCGAAGGCGUUCACGCUCAGGAAGAACAACCACCGUCAUAUACCAAGAUGAUGGCGACCUUGUUAGAUCAGGUGAAUAAAGAGUUGGAUGAGAAGAAACCAGAGAACCGUUACAAUGCCAUGGUGGAAGAGAUUGGUGUACAUCUGAAGAAAGUCCAAGACUUACAGCAACAAUUGUUGACCAAGUUGGCGGAACUAGAAAAGGAGGAAGGCCGCAAGAUCACAAGUGAGGGCAUCCAUACAGGUUUCGAUAGUUCUUUCGUCGCCAAGUCCACGCCGUCCACGUCCGGAGCAAAGAAGGAAGAGGUAGAGCUUCUCAACCCCAACUUUUCCUUAACCAAGCCGGACGAGUCGAAACCUUCAACCGCAGCAGACGACGACGAUGAUGCGGACAUGGAGGCUUCACCGGAUGCUCGAAAGUUCGCUAACAUUAAGGCGUCCGACUACCGGGAAAGUAACUCUUUUAUUGGAUUACACCCGCAAAUUUUGACCGAGAAGGAAACCGACGGCCUACUAGUUAUGGCGUUCGACGCUCAACUCCAAGGAAAGGACGAUUUCGCACGACAGUGUGUUCACCAAGCUCUACUACUACAAUAUUGCCGCGCUUUGGGUAAGGAUGGUGUUGCGCUCUUCUUCAAGCGCAUUACCACCAAAGGUCACCAGGCACAAGACGUCUUCUACAAGGACGUUCAGGAUACCUACUACAGGAUCAAGAACCGAGCAGCUGAGAUCAAUGCCCAACGAGAAACCGAAGGUGCAGCUGGCGGAGUGGAGCAGAUCCAACUACAUGCUGUCGAACCAGGUACCGAGAUCAAGAUCAAGAUCCCGCCCGAGAACAGCGAGGACGCAGGUGAAAAGAGAGGCCGCGAGAUCUUUAAAGGGUUUGACCCGGAUAUGCAAAGGGCAUUGGAAUUUGGAAGCUUGGAUAAGGUCAACGAAGUCUUGGGUAAGAUGAGUGUCGAGGACGCCGAGGAAGUAGUGGGCCUUCUAAGCGAGGCGGGUAUCUUGAGUGUUGAGGAACAGAUAAUAGAUGCUACGACGGAGGAGGGUCAGAAACAUCUCAAGGCGAUGGAAGAGGAGGCUGCGCUGGAGUCGUACGCGGAUGAUCCGGAGUAAUUGUGCCAAGGUUGAUCCUGGCGUCGAGGAGGCGCUUCUCUCAUGACUAAGGCAUAGCAUAGUGUUCACUAGGGAGGUUAUGUUCCGGGGGCGUUGUGGCUGAUAAUAGGUCCU